AAAUAAAGGCACACAGAGCCUCAGAGCGUGUCGUGGUGCGUCGCUUUUGGACGCGAGUCACAUUAUUAAAAUGAUCGCUUCCAGAGUCUACAGUUGAGUCGAUACUAGAACACCGCAAUCCAGAAGCCCGUAACCGUGCCACGGCAAAGAUUAGUAUAGUCUAUAGGCGACUGUCCUCUCUGGGCCUAUUUGUCUAGGCUGAAUAAACGUUCAAAUGAGAAGGACCGAUUCACAUAUAUAAAUGAAUUCUCAACUAGACUAGGCUAUAUGCAGCAGAGAGUGAAUAAGGCGCGGAUUGCUAGAAAUAGGCUGAAUGCCGGCGUUUACCGGGGUUGUUGAUAUCUCAACGACCGGUUGCGCGCUGCCUUAUAUCCUGUUUCUUGACUGCUGACGUGACACCUGGAGACUGUCGUUCUUUCCGUGAUUGACCAGAGAAAGUCUCGAGGGCUGUGUAGUCAGGACGGACUGGGCUGGCCCGGUGGAAACGGUUUUCCUGUUGUCUUGGCAGAAGGCGGACCGGUGUUGAGCGUUCCUGGGAGUGUGUAUCCCGCGAAAGGAAGGUGGAAGGAAAAGCACCGCCGAAAGAAAGCAUUCAGCUGGCUAAACAGCGAACCGUCCAGGCAAAAACACUCCAACUGGAUUUCCUGUCUGAACAGAGACGGAGAGACUCACCACCGCCGAGAGAGAGAGAGCUGGACCAAAACGAAAUAAUUUUCUGACCUAAUGAAUAACUAGCCUUUUCUUCUGCUAAAGUCCUAACUUUGUUAAGAGUUUCAGUCGUUUACUGGCUUUGCUGCUAGCCUUCUACCCAGCUAACCAUGGCCCACGUCGGGAACGGACCUGGGAAUAACGCCGAUGAUGAGGAUUGUUUUGAAGAUGCCUACGACCGGAUACCCGUGGCUGGUAAGAUGGACUUGAAGACGUCCAUAGAAGAGUGUUCUAUGGCUCUGAACCUGGUCCUGAACAACAAAUUCUCAGAGGCCCUGGACCUCCUCAAACCAUGGUCAAAGGACAGUAUGUAUCAUGCUCUGGGCUACAGUUCUAUCCUGGUGAUGCAGGCUGCCAUGACGUUUGAACACAGAGACAUACAGACAGCCAUGGCUGUCAUCAAAGAGGCCUUAACAACCUGCCAGAGGUUCAGGAAGAGAAACUCUGUGGUGGAGUCUAUCUCCAGUCUGGUGACCAAACAAUCUAAUGACCACCUCAGAGAAGAGGAGAUGCAUGCAGAGAUCUGCUAUGCUGAGUGCCUACUGCAGAAAGCCACGCUCACCUUCGUACAGGAUGAAAACAUGAUCAGCUUCAUCAAAGGAGGAAUCAAAAUACGCACAAGUUACCAGAUUUACAAGGAAUGUCAGAAUAUUCUGAAUGUGACUCAGGACCAAAGCAGUGAAUCAUUCAGGCAGUUCGAAGGAGGAGUGAGACUCGGUAUCGGAUCCUUCAACCUGAUGCUGUCCCUCCUUCCUCAGAGAAUCCUCAGGUUGCUGGAAGUCAUUGGUUUUUCUGGCAACAGAGACUUUGGUCUGUCUCAGCUGAGAGAAGGAGCAACUAGCCACGGUCUCAGAGCUGUCCUCAGUGUGUUAACGUUGCUGCUAUACCAUACCUACGUUACACUCAUACUGGGUACUGGAGAAGGAAACCUUGUAGAGGCAGAAGCCUUACUGGGACCUUACCUCGAGAAGUUCCCUAACGGUUCUAUCAUUCUGUUCUAUUCUGCUCGGAUUGCUGUGCUCAGAGGAAACUUCGAGAAGGCCCAGUUAAAGUUUGAGGAGUGUAUCUUAGCCCAGUCUCAGUGGAGACAGAUUCAUCACCUGUGUUACUGGGAGUUGAUGUGGAGUCACUCCUUCACUCAGGACUGGCUGCAGGCAUACAGAUACGCUGACCUGCUCUGUAAGGAGAGUCGCUGGUCCAAGGCCAUCUAUGUCUACCAGAAGGCUGCGAUCCUCUCUAUGUUGCCUGAGGAGGAGAUCAAGAAGACUGGAGAGAACGUGGUCGAGCUGUUCAGGCAGGUAGAGGGGCUGAAGCAGAGACUAGCAGGGAAGUCCAUACCUACUGAGAAGUUUGCAGUGAGGAAAUCACGAAGAUACAACGCCAGCAACCCUGUUAAACUGGUGGUUCCAGCACUGGAGAUGAUGUACGUAUGGAAUGGUUUCACCAUCGUAGGGAAGAGAGCCGACACCACAGAGAGUCUCCUCAUAACCAUAGAGAAGACGGAGGAGGAGCUACGCAACGACCCCAGUCCGUCAGAGUACCAUCCUGAUGACCAGUGUCUGGUUCAGAUGUUAAAAGGUCUCUGUCUGAAACACCUGGGCAGACUACUGCAGGCCGAGCUCUGCUUCACACAGGUUCUGUCCAGUGAGCGGAGAAUCCGAUAUGACCACUACCUGAUUCCCUUCACUCUGUAUGAGUUGGGUCUGCUCUACAAACAACAGGGGGACUACAUCAAGGCCACACGAUACAUAGAGAACGCCAAGUUGAACUACAAGGACUACUCCAUGGAGUCCAGGCUUCACUUCCGAAUCCACGCAGCUCUCAACAGUCUCAAGGGAUCGCCUGUCAGCACACCAUAACUACAGCCCAACUACAAUCAAUUGUACACCACAACUACAGCCCAACUACAAUCAGACUACAAUCAAUUUUACACCAUAACUACAGCCCAACUACAGCCCAACUACAAUCAGACUACAAUCGAUUUUAUACCAUAACUACAGCCCAACUACAGCCCAACUACAAUCAGACUACAAUCGAUUUUAUACCAUAACUACAGCCCAACUACAAUCAGGCUACGACCGAUUUUACACCAUAACUACAGCCCAACUACAAUCAGGCUACAACCGAUUUUACACCAAAACUACAGCCCAACUACAAUCAGACUACAAUCGAUUUUAUACCAUAACUACAGCCCAACUACAGCCCAACUACAAUCAGACUACAAUCAAUUUUACACCAUAACUACAGCCCAACUACAGCCCAACUACAAUCAGACUACAAUCGAUUUUAUACCAUAACUACAGCCCAACUACAAUCAGGCUACAACCGAUUUUACACCAUAACUACAGCCCAACUACAAUCAGACUACGACCGAUUUUACACCAUAACUACAGCCCAACUACAAUCAGACUACGACCGAUUUUACACCAAAACUACAGCCCAACUACAAUCAGACUACGACCGAUUUUACACCAAAACUACAGCCCAACUACAAUCAGACUACAACCGAUUUUACACCAUAACUACAGCCCAACUACAAUCAGGCUACAACCGAUUUUACACCAUAACUACAGCCCAACUACAAUCAGGCUACAACCGAUUUUACACCAUAACUACAGCCCAACUACAAUCAGACUACAAUCGAUUUUACACCAAAACUACAGCCUAACUACAAUCAGACUACGACCGAUUUUACACCAAAACUACAGCCCAACUACAAUCAGACUACAAUCGAUUUUAUACCAUAACUACAGCCCAACUACAUAUGGACUAGAAUCAGACUACAGCAUAAUUAGACGAACUCUCCAAUCGACAUACUAGGACUACAACACACUAGGACUACAACACACUAGGACUACAACACACUAGGACUACAACACACUAGGACUACAACACACUAGGACUACAACACACUAGGACUACAACACACUAGGACUACCCCCAAGCUACACUCUGACAACAUUUUAAAUGCACCCCAACUACAGUUGGACUACAGUUGGACUACAGUUGGACUACAGUUGGACUACACCCAGACCUGUCGGUCACACUAUCAAGUACUAUGAAGUGUGUGUGUGUGUGUACUGCAUAUAGUAUGGAAAAUAUACAAUAUUGUCUGGUAAUAAUGACUAUGUAUGUAUGUAUGUAUGAAGGAUGUACACUCCUCUACGUAUUUACGUUUACGUUUAUUUACGUUUAAUUCUGCUCUAUACUCCAGCGUUUUGGAUUUGAGAUCAAAUGUUUAUAUGAGGGUUUAUAUGUGGGUAUUUUCAUACAGAUCUGUUUUACCGUUCAGAAAUAAAUGCACUUUAUGUAUCUAGUCCCCCUAUUUGAAGUUUUCAUAAGUAGACUAUUUGGACAAAUUCACUUAUUGUUCAUAACAUUUUUGUCAAAUGUUUAGCAUUUGGUCCCAUAUUCAUAUUUAUUGACUACUAAGCUUGUGUGACUACAAACUUGUUGGAUGCAUUGGCAGUUUGUUUUGAUUGUGUUUCGUGUUAUGAUGUGCCCAAUAGAAAUUAAUGGAUGGAUUAGCCAAAAUGCUAACCUCCCCUGUUAUUGUUAAUGGUGAGAGAUUAGCAAAAAUGCUAAGCUCCCCUGUUAUUGGUAAUGGUGAGAGAUUAGCAAAAAUGCUAACCUCUCCUGUUAUUGGUAAUAGAUUAGCAAAAAUGCUAACCUCCCCUGUUAUUGGUGAUGGUGAGAGAUUAGCAAAAAUGCUAACCUCCCCUGUUAUUGGUAAUGGUGAGAAAUUAGUAAAAAUGCUAACCUCCCCUGUUAUUGGUAAUGGUGAGAAAUUAGUAAAAAUGCUAACCUCCCUUGUUAUUGGUAAUGGUGAGAGAUUUAGUAUUCAUUCAUGAUUAUGUGUAAUCGUGGUAGCAUCCACAUUAAUGUAGAAGUGUUUAUAAACAUAUUCUAUUAUUAUUUACUAUAAAAGUGACUCUAAAAUGACAAUAUAUUAUUUACCAUUCAUUGCUAUUGGGCAUUAAAUGAACUGAAACAAAAGUAAACAUUUGAUCUCAAAUCCAAAAAGCUGGAGUAUAGAGCCAAAUUAACUGUUUUACACUGAACAAAAAUAUAAUCGCAACGCGCAACGAUUUCAAAGAGUUACAGUUCAUAUCAGGAAAUCCGUCAAUUUAUUUCAACUCAUUAGGCCCUAAUCUAUGGAUUUCACAUGGCUGGGAAUACAGAUAUGAAUCUGUUGGUCACAGAUAGCUCAGCUUCCCUGUUUCAAACAGUUUGUACAUAGAUUCUUCGGUUGUGAAAACCCAGUUUCAACAGCUGUCCUGGUGCCUGGUCUCAGAUGAUCCCGCAGGUGAAGAAGCCGGAUGUGGAGGUCCUGGGUUGUCGUGGUUACACGUGGUCUGCGGUUGUGAGGCCGGUUGGCGGUACUGCCAAAUUCUCUAAAUCGACGGCUUAUGGUAUAGAAAUGAACAUUUAAAUUAUCUGGCAACAGCUCUGAUGGACAUUCCUGCAGUCAGCAUGCUUGUUGCACGCUCCCUCAAAACUCGAGACGUCUGUGGCAUUUGGGCUGUGUGACAACUUCACAUUUUAGAGUGGCCUUUUAUUGUUCCCAGCACAAGGUGCACCUGUGUAACGAUCAUGCGGAUUAAUCAGAUUCUUGAUAUGCCACACCUGUCAGGUGGAUGGAUUAGCUUCACAAAAGAGAAAUGCUGACUAACAGGGGAUGUAAACAAAAUGUGAGAGAAAUAAGCUUUUUGUGCGUAUGGAAAAUGUAUUUUAUUUCAGCUCAUGAAACAUGGGACCAACACUUUACAUGUUGUGUUUUGUAUUUUGGUUCAGUGAAGGUUCUGUCCAUAUAAACAGAGUGUCUAUAGGUCUGACAUGGUAUAUAAUAGCACUUCAAGGAAAGCAGUGAAGACAUUUUGUCAGACUAUAUUUAUGUUAGUUGAUUAGUUAGUAGUUGUGUAAUUUGAAUAUGAAUAAAUAUAUAAUCUAUUCUCACCACAACCAAA